GUGUGUUUAACACAGACAUUGACUAAGAGGGGGGGAAAGUGUUUGGUAUUUCUGUCUGCAUUUCAGUCUGAUAUCAACAGACAGGGAGUGUGUGCACAUGUGCAUUCUGUAUGUGUGCACAAGUGCGUGUGUGUGAAUUUUGUGUUGUUGUUGUUGUUUUUUUGCUGUUGUUGGGAGUCAAAUGGAAGCAAGGCAGCUAUUUUGCACAGCUACAUUUCAUACGGCCACACUGUGAAGGAGAAGUCUGGUUGGUAUUGUUGCAUCUGGUCUCCUCCUCCUUUCCCCUCCCUUCACUCAUCCAUCCAUCCGUACUCCCCCUCUCCUCUCCACACACGCACACCGAUUUGCACAUCACCUCCUCCGGCACAAUGACCAACGAUUCCCCGGAGGAGGAGACCCGAGUUCCGGGCAGCGGCGGCGGCGGAGGAGGAGGAGGAGGUGGGAAAGGAGUGCCACGGAGGAACCGAGCGGACGACAAUGUGACCAUCCUGACAUCGUCCAUGGAUUACCAGAGAGGCAGCCGGAGCAGAGCCGCCAGCAGCAGCACCGAUGCCGCCCAGAGCAUCACGUCCUCCGUGGAUCUGAGCUCCUCCUCCCUGGAGCUGAGCAUCCAGACGCGGAUCUUUAAGAUCAUCGUGAUCGGGGACUCGAACGUGGGGAAGACAUGCCUCACCUUCCGCUUCACCGGAGGAAGCUUCCCCGACAAGACUGAGGCCACCAUCGGCGUGGAUUUCAGGGAGAAGGCGGUGGAGAUCGAAGGGGAGACUAUCAAGGUGCAGGUAUGGGACACAGCUGGCCAGGAACGCUUUCGUAAAUCUAUGGUGGAACACUACUAUCGCAACGUCCAUGCAGUGGUCUUUGUGUAUGAUGUGACCAAGAUGGCUUCCUUUCGCAAUCUACAGACAUGGAUAGAGGAGUGUAAUGGCCAUCGGGUCUCAGCAUCAGUACCUCGAGUCCUGGUGGGAAACAAGUGUGACCUUGUGGACCAAAUACAGGUGCCGUCCAACAUGGCGUUGAAGUUUGCUGACUCCCACAACAUGCUGCUGUUUGAAACGUCCGCAAAGGACCCGAGGGAGAGCCAGAACGUCGACUCCAUCUUCAUGUCACUGGCCUGCCGCCUAAAGGCCCAGAAAUCCCUGCUCUACAGAGACGUGGAGCGAGAGGAUGGGAGAGUUCGGCUCACACAAGAGACUGAAACAAAGAGUAAUUGUCCUUGUUGAGGAAAAGAGAGGAGUGGGAGGCAUAAUGGAAGGGGAAGAGAGACGAGUAACUGUAUAUGUCGAGUAAGAGGAGGAGAGGGAUGAUAGUGGAGUGAGGCUAAAACAUGUCUUCUUUUUUUUUAAAUUAAGUGCAACUUUUGUGGUUUAGGAGGAGGAAUAGAGGGUUGAGGCUGACACUAAGAGCAACCUGUUUCAAGGAAGAGGAGGAAAGCUUGUGCAAGGAUAGGAGACAGGUUGGUGAAGAUAGAGAGAAACUAGGACAAAGGGAUUUACUAACAAUUCAUAAAUGAGACGAUGUUGCCUUUUAGUGUAGAAAUUCUUCCAUUUACUCAAACAUAGACAGAGUGAAUAUCCUUUCAGUGUGCCCAGAGCACACAACACAAAAUAUGAGUCAUUUGGGGAUCUACAACAAACAGUCUUGAUGCUGUUGUUUUCUAAACCAGCCCUGGUUUGGUGUUUUUGACAGCCAUUACUAACAGCAACAUUCUGAGGCAACACAUUAGAACAGUCUUAUUUUUGCUGCCUUAUCCUUAUUGAUUCUCAUCCACAUCCCAGGUGAACGCAGUAUUUCACAACAUUUUUCUACUGCCUUAAUAAGCUGCCUGUCUUGGGUUUAACAACUCUGUCGGGCAAAAGUAGCGUAAAGGUUUCUCAGAUUUUUAACCACUCAAGAUGAUCUUGGUUUAUACAACCUACCAAACAAUCUGACGGCCUCUUAUGUGGAAAUCAACUAUUUCAGAGGAUAAAUGAGACUCUUUUAGUCUCAGAAUUACCUGAUAUCUAUCUGGGUCAGUCCUUUACAAGCAGGACAGCUGACUAAAAUCACUGUGAGAUCACAAAUACAAGGGAAAGAUGGGAAAACACUUCUGAGACAAACUUAAUAUGGGUAAAAUAUGCGGUGAAAUGUCCAGAUGAGCUCUAAGGACCUAUGCAGGAAGACCUUGACAACAAGGUUUCCUGAAAAUGGAGCAUCUAGAGCUUGUCAGGCAACAUGUCACAUAUUGAUUUAGAGGCUGUAAGAUCCUCUUACCCUUAUGCAGGAGAACUGCACUCUCCUAUAAAGAAGGGCCAUCAAGGCGAGGUUCCUUUUUCUCAUCUAAUCCUGGUGUAAACAUAUCCCCUCUAUGCUUACCCUCUGGCACAGUGGCUUUUCCAGCUUUCCCUUUGUGUGCAAAUGCAAAAAUACCCGGUCUUUGCUGUAUGUGACUUUGAGGUAGCCAGUCUGUCACAGCACUUCCGUAUUCUGUAAUGAACAUUUUUCAAAGUAAAGGCCUUCCGUCCGUUUUAGUUGAUGUGCUCUCCACAUCAGUAUCACUGCCUCCAGUCUCAGAGAGAACAGGAAACAUGAUAGCAAACUGUGACCCCUGUAUACAUAAUGGACAUACUUAUACUGCUACAUGUUCCGUAUGAGUGGACUUUAAAGUCUGGUGUCUGUGUCAGGGAAUGUUAUCUCUAUAAACACAUAUCUGCAUAUCAGUGCAGGAUCUGUAGGCAAUUGGACAAUAUUUUGUUGUCAGAAGCCUUCUGGUUUCCGUUUGAAGUUCGUUUGUAGUCUUGUAGUAGUAUUAAGAAGUCACUUUUGAGUGGGCUUUAGUUGUAUGCAGGUAAACAGUCUUUUUGGAGAGCUAAAGAGACGACACGCAUUGUCUGAAAUGCAAUCCUUGAACCUUUCGGCUAUUUUCUGAAGACGAUUUUGCCUUUCAUUAGCAUUGUUUUAAUUGAUCAGAACUCACAUACAGAGAAGCCCUCUGAACCAUACAACCACAUAGGUCAUAUUUUCCUACCCUCUAAUACGACCUACAAGACUGUUUCCUAAAUUAGCUCCCCUAUUGUUAGCAGGAGAUCUACUUGUCCUCAUCGCUAAACGUAACAGUCGCCAUGCAACAGUUGCAUUGGUUAGGUUUAGGCAACAAAACUACUUGGUUAGGUUUAGGAAAAGGUUGUUGUUUCGGUAAAAAUAAGCGCAUUUGUUAUGUUAAUGGACUUCCAUAUUUAAGUAUCUGAUGUAUUUCUAGACAUGACAUAACAUUUUACAAAACUACAUGGUUAGGCUUCGGAAAAGAUAGUUUGGCAUAAAAUAACUGUCGGACAUCAGGUAGUUGUAGUAGUUAUGGUAGCUAUGCAGAUGACUGGGGGUGAAAUGUGACGUAGAACGUGAUAUAGCUAUGCACGGAGGUUAAAUUAAUAACAACAUUGACUUUUGAUUUCACGGGGGACACGUACACCUGUCUUCUGGGUCAAAGUCCUGCGUUGUUUGACGUAUCCACCUCCCGUUAACGGACCUUGUCGUUCUUUAUACUCCGUAUCCUCAUUUCCGCCGUGGCUUCUGUCAUAAUUACUACAGCCACUUGAGGGCGCUUCCUAACAAUAAACGUAAAUAUGGGUUGUCAUAAGCUGCUGUGUAAAUGGAGUCAUUUUAGGGGUAGGACAGUCUCGCAAAGAAACAGACCUAUCAUAGAUCGUCGUCUCUCAACUCGAGCUCCAUUCUGGCGUCCAAAGUUGCUUAUCAGACUGUAUCAAUGAACGGCACAUAAGCCUGGAUAUCUCCAGGUAACCGCUAGCUACACUGGAACCCCACAAAUAUUGACCCUUGCCCCCCAGACUAUUGGAGUCAGACUAAUAAGACAAUGGGUUCCAGAAUUGGAGGGAGCAAAUCCAGGACUAUUGGAGCCAUGAGGAUACAGGCUGCAUAAAAGACUGUAGAAAGCCAUAUUCAUAAUUUGCUGUACUCAGAGAUGCAGUGUACUUUUUAUGUAGACGUUACACCUGGUGGUGGAGGAAAGAACACAUUGUAAAUAACUGAACGUUGGAGCUAUGAAGCCGGUGGGAGUCAAUUUGAUGCUGUCACUUCAAUAUAGCAGCACAUUUACCAUAUCUUACCCUAUUUUAACAUUGGAGCCUACUUUUGCAAUCCUAUAAAUAUAUACAGAUGCCAUAUGUAAAAAGUUCAGAACCGUGAGCAUUUCAGACAGACCUAAUUAAUUCCUCCCAUUGAGCGAUUUAAAUACUGUGCAAAGUGAAAACUAUACAGCUAAUGCUAUAGCUGUAUCUGGUUUUGGUGAUUUUUACAUGUUUCAACAUGUUUGUAUGAGAAGCAGCAGGAUCAUGCAGCUAUUACAGGAGAAUAAAAUGACAUCGUUGACAAUUGAGCUCUACUCACUCUCAUUGUAUUCAGGCAAAUCUGUGACAUUAAACCUUAUGACUGAGGUUCAACAAAAGCUGGAGAGAAGAACACUCAACAACAAAGCUAAUAUCUUUUCAUCCAUUUUCUCAACUGCUAGUUCUGUUCAGGAUUAUAGGGGGCUGCAUCAUAACGCAGAACAUUAGUAUAUGAGGGGAGGACUACACUUUACAACUGUUUAUCUCUAACAAAUAUCUGUGGCUGUUUACCUAAGGUUAGCUCAACCUGGCUAAUUCAGUCGCUGUAAUACAUAUGUAUUACUGUAUGACUGUGCUAGCUUAAUAAUAAGAAAAACGUGUUGUGGAAAAAUAAGAAUGUGCCUCCAUUGCUUGCAUAAACUUCUGAUCUGAAUAAAAUAACAUUUUACUUGGUUUCACAUGAUUGAAAAAGAAAAAUUGAGGUAUAAUCAAGUUUGCCUUGUUAUUAGCAUGUACCACUGAUUAAGUUAUGAAUUUCACAUUCAGCUCUCAAUAUUUUCACUAUCUUUUCCAAACAUUUGAAAUCAUAACUGAAUUGGUGUUUUAUCCAGGUCUAAAAAUUAAUAAUACAAAUGUACAGUUUGUUUGCUUGCCUUCCAUUUUCCCUGUACAUACUAUGUUUUAUUUAUUAUAUUUUGCUGGGGACUUUUUUUGCAGUUGAUUUGUGACUAUUUUUAAUAACCCAUGUUUGCUCUUAAAGGGAUGCCUUGACAUUUUGAAUUUUUACUCUGGUAUUUUUGUUCAUCCACAAAAAGUCAACAUAUUUUAAAGGUUUCUGUUUGUGACAUUAAUAAAUACAGUAUGGGGAUUUUUUGUGACAUUUUGUACACUAAUGACACAUUUCUUGGCCGAUUAAUUGAUGAUGGAAAUAAUUGUUAGUCCUACAGGGUUCAUCAGCAGGCGUUCCCUCACUCAGGGAACAUUGGUCAUAUGCCUUCAGUUAACUAUUUCAUGCAUUACCUUCGGGUAGUGAUGUGCCAAUGAAGCUUCAUGAACCAUUGUCUUUAUUUUCAGAGCCCACUAGAUGGCACUCUUGGUUAAUAGAAAAAGGCUCAAGUAAUGGUAAUUGAGUGUGCUUUUAGCUCUUGGUUGAACAGAGAGUUCCAUCUAGUGGACUGGUUCAUGAGGCUUCAUUGGCACAUCACAACCUUCAGGCAGUGUACAUAAUAGUGCUGGUGCAGGUUAGUUUGUUAGCUAGCUAUUUUCAGCAUUCAAUUUAACUUUCAGUCAUGAUCCAAUUGGCUAAACUGGAUUUUAAUUGCCAUUUUAAUGGAUAACAGUCAACAUAUUAACAGUGGAGUCAACAUUUAUGUUUUUGCCCCAUUGAGCUUAAUGUAACAUCAUGGAAGGUGGAGUUCAGUUCGCUACAGAACAGCAGUCCUUACUUAACGAAUGAUGGAUGCCUGCUGACAGGGAUUAGCGCCCUCACGCCUACAGUGCAGUACAUACUACCUAGUCAAUACUCCGAUCACCAUCAGUUUAAAAGUCAAAAUACCAAGUUACUCCUUUAACAAAAGCCUUAAGAGUGGUGUUACUUGAUUUUAUGAUGUCAUCAUUUUAUGAUAAUUGUUGAAUCUGAGAUGACAAUUUUUUGUUUUGACUGUGAGUUUGUUGUUUUUUUGGACUGUAUCAGAUUUGUCUUCUUCUAUAUGUUUCAUAUGUAACAUUGUCGUUGUUACAAUCUCACAAAGGGACUUCUGAUAAACCUGCUGAAUAAGA